AUGACGUUGACUCCUGGUGCCGGCUCUGGCGAUCCGCGACGUUCUGCUUCUCCUUCGAACAGUUACUACGCUGUGACAGACGAUGAUGAGGGCGCAUACGAUACAAUCACACAUACAGAAACGGGAAAGGGCGUAAAGCUGCUCUUUUCUAAAAGCAAGGUCUAUGUACACCCUUCGCCAUCAUCCAAGGACAAUAUACCGGGAUACAUCGCAUUGCUUCAGCAAAAGACGACAAUCGACGCUGCCUCAUCCAACGAUGGUUCCAGCCCUUCCGCGGCCGAUCUCCUACUCGCCUGGGUCCCCGAGUCGUCUCUUGGUGACUCGGCUAGCAUAUACGUCAAAGUUGAUCUAUCCGAUGGCGACUCACCACCCCGACAAUCCUAUCUCGUUCCCCCACCGCCAACAGUAACAUCUCACAGCGGGUCUGUCGGUGCCUACUCUUUUGCGGUGCCAGUCAGUGCCAUUUACUCGCUGCUAGUUCGACCACCGAGUGUCGGAUGGUGGCAUGGCUCCAUCAUCAUCAAUACCAAAGCUGGCGACAGCUUCCCCGCUUUGUUCUUCCAUGAUAAUGAAUGUCAAAGUACUAUUCAACAAAAGAAGAGACUGACCAAGGAUACAUUUGAUCCUUUCAGUGAAGCUGGAAAGAUGUUUUGGGGCGCAGACGAAAUCUUGCGCUGGCUCAGGCGAUACGUCAAGAUGGAAAGGUCGGCAGCAGAACCGAAUAUAUACCUCAUUGAGCCAACCAAGGAUGACUUGAAUGCCUUUGGAUCGAUCCCCACGACCGUCAACAAGGGUAAAGGCGCGCCAGCCAGUCGCGAUGCUGAAAUGGACCCAUUUGUAAAGUUUGUCAAAGAGACGGGCUGGAAUAUUAUGGAAAAGUUCAGCCAGGUCACGACUUUUACUCGAAGAGCCGCGCAGGAUCUGGCUGAGAAUUCAAAUAUACCACCCCAAGUCAAGAAGCUGCUGAGAAACAGCGACGUGCAAAACUUGCAGGACGAAUAUGACAGCGCAAGAAUAUAUCUGGCUCGUUGGGCCAUGGGCAUUGCUGAGCAGAGCGAGCGCGACAGGAAACAAAAAAUGUACACGGUCAAGGAUGUUCUCGAGCUGGAAGAUACCGAUGUGGGCGAGUUUGAGCUCUUGGAUGCUGCUAGUUCUUUGUCUCUCGAACAACGCCGAAAGCCAGUCACCAUGACGGAGUGGAAAACCUUUUUUGAUGCUGAGAAUGGCAAACUCAUCAAGACGACUGACGAAGUCAAGGAGCGCAUCUUCCAUGGCGGCCUCGACGCAGACGACGGAGUACGCAAGGAAGCCUGGCUAUUCUUACUCGGCGUCUAUGACUGGUACAGCACUGCAGACGAGCGAAAGGCCCAGGUUGCAUCUCUUCGUGAUGCCUACUACAAGCUGAAGCAUGCUUGGUGGGAGCGACUUGACGGACACGGAGGCGAAGGCGAAGCGGGUGAGUGGUGGAGAGAGCAGCGCGGCCGCAUCGAGAAGGAUGUCCACCGCACAGAUCGCCACGUUCCCAUCUUCUUUGGCGAAGACACGCCUCAUCCCGAUCCCGACUCGCCCUUUGCAGACGUCGGCACCAAUGUCCACCUGGAGCAGCUCAAAGAGAUGCUCCUCACUUACAACGAGUACAACAAGGAUCUCGGCUACGUGCAGGGCAUGUCCGACCUUCUCGCGCCCAUCUACGCCGUGAUCCAAGACGACGCCAUUGCCUUUUGGGCAUUCAAGGAAUUCAUGGGCCGCAUGGAGCGCAACUUUUUGCGCGACCAGUCCGGCAUGCGCGCGCAGCUGCUCGCGCUCGACCAGCUCGUCAACUUUAUGGAUCCCAAGCUCUGGAACCACCUGCAAAAGGCCGACAGCACCAACUUCUUCUUCUUCUUCCGCAUGCUCCUGGUGUGGUACAAGCGCGAGUUUCCCUGGGCCGAUAUACUGAGCCUGUGGGAGCGCCUGUGGACUGAUUUCCUGAGCGCCGAGUUUCACAUUUUCGUGUCGCUCUCCAUUCUGGAAAAGCACCGCGACGUCAUCAUGGAGCAUCUCCAAGCCUUUGACGAAGUUCUCAAGUACAUCAAUGAACUUUCCGGCACCAUGGACCUCGAAUCCACGCUCAUCCGCGCCGAGGCGCUUUUCCGCAAAUUCCAGCGCGCUGUCGAGGCCAUUGACAAAAAGGCAAACUUUCCAGCCCCGCGCCAGUCCUUGGGCUCGGCUUCCGACGGCCCUUUGAAACCGCUUGCGGCUGCCGGCUCCAAGGGAAAAGAUGCCGAGGCUGCCGGCAAAACGAUUACGCCGGAACUGCGUAAGUUGUUGAGCAGAAAAGUGCAGAUUUUGCCCCGGGAGACGGUGGCGCAAAAGGGAGAUGGCAUGCCGGGCAAAUAA